GUGUGUUUUCCUGAAACCAACCAGAACGCUGAGCCUUCUUCUGUGAAGGAUGACACAACCCAACAGAACAAAAAAGAUGAUCACAAGAUCACCUUACUCUCUGGUAAAGAGGAGCCAUAUUUGUCAUCUCUCAAGUCACCAAAGCGACCUAACUGCCCACCGGAAGAUGAAAGUUUUAUUGUGGAGAAUGGCAAAAAAAAAAGAAAAAGUGACUACAGGCAGCCUGAGGACUACAAAGUGUCUGAGACCGGCUCAGGUUUGGAGGACAGAGAGAACAACCAGUCCAAUUGUGAGGGGAACGAAAUCAAGCCACAUGUCAAUCUGUCAUUCAAGCCAGAGCAAAUGAGAGAGAAGAGGUUUUUGUAUGAAACAUUUACUCAAAAUUCAGAAGAUGAUAACUCCACUGCAAAAAUGCCUGAUCAGCCAUUUGGAGUGCAUACAUCCUGGGAAAGACGUCCUACUCAACAAAUUAAAACUAUUGUUGGUAGGAACAUCGAAGACCUAAACAUUGACAUCAGUGCACCAAUCAGAAUAAGCGAUUUUUUCCACUAUGCCAGUGUAAUUUAUUACUUUGUCGGAUUUUGGUGGAAACAGGAAAAGCAUGAAAGGCAGGAUGUCACCAUUUUAGUUGGUGAUUACUCAGUACGGUUGCAAGGAAGUAAUCUGUACUGUUGUCCAGUCAAAAAAGAUCCCAGAGAUCAGGACAUAAAUCUUAAUUAUGCAAGAUUGAAACUAUCUAAAAAAAAUGCUAAAAACUUUUCUGAGACAAUUUGGAACUACAUCAAGGGCAACCAUGACAAAGUUGAAUCUUAUGUACUGACUCCACAAGAUGCCAUUGCAGUAUGUGCUGUUUUGUUCUCAGAAGUUAUUAGGUAUCCUGACAUGUUUUUCCACAACAUUCUUCUGAUGCAAUGUUAUAAAUCAUGGAAUGAGUUUUGUGACUAUCAUCCCAUGGUAACAGGAGGGUCAUGGAAAUAUCAGAACAAUGAAGAACAAGUGCCAGAAAAAGUUGUAAAAAGAAAACAAGAAAACCUUGUAUUUUGUGCUAAGAAAAUAAUGAGCAGUGAGGGGAAAAGAAGCACUCUAUUCCACGUUACCUCCCCAGUUUGAAGAACCAGAACCUUGGGAGAACACUCUCAUGAACUCGCGGAGUCGCAAAAUGUGUUAAUAUAAAUUGGGGGCUCUUUUUGAGAGAGGAUUUUGGGGUAUGGGAGCUGAACACGCAGCGACCCUUAAAGUUUCAAUCAAAGAGAGGCCCCCAAAACAAAACAAACAAAAAAAUGUCAAAAAAAUCUAUUUAUUUAUUUAUUUAUUUAUUUAUGAUUUUAUAUUCUAUUUAUGAUUUUAUAUCACAUUUAUGUAUUUAUAAUAUAUAAUUUUAUAUUAAAUAUGUUAAUAAAUAUGAUUUAUUGA